AUAUAUCUUCCUAGCAAUCUACACCCUGGAAAUGGUGAUAAAGUCAAUAGCAAAGGGUUUUAUACUCAAUAAAUAUACCUAUCUAAGGAAUCCGUGGAAUUGGCUGGACUUUGUCGUGAUAACAAGUGGUUACGCGACUAUUGGAAUGGAAGUCGGUAAUUUAGCGGGUUUGAGAACAUUCCGGGUGCUCAGGGCGCUAAAGACCGUCUCUAUUAUGCCUGGCCUCAAGACCAUCAUCAAUGCCCUCUUGCACAGUUUCAAGCAACUCGCGGAAGUCAUGACCCUCACUAUUUUCUGUUUGAUGGUUUUCGCGCUUUUUGCUCUUCAAGUUUACAUGGGUGAGCUGCGUAACAAGUGUGUCAGGCAUCAAGAUCCUAAUGAUACUACUGUUGACUGGCAUGUGUGGGCUUGGAAUUCGUCCAAUUGGGCAUUCGGCGAGGACGAGAAUCCUAUCAUCUGCGGGAAUGUCACCGGCGCCAGGCACUGCAAAGAGAACUACACUUGUCUGUGCGUGGGACCGAACCCGAACCACGGGUACACGAAUUUUGAUAGCUUUCUGUGGUCAAUGCUCACUACUUUUCAAUUAAUUACUCUCGACUACUGGGAGGAUGUUUAUAAUAAGGUGUUGUCGGCGUGCGGGCCUAUCAGCGUCACGUUUUUCACGGUGGUCGUGUUCUUCGGGUCGUUCUACCUCAUCAAUUUGAUGCUUGCCGUCGUGGCCUUGAGCUACGAGGAAGAAGCUGAAAUUACUAACGAGGAAAGAAAAAAAGACCUGACUGACCAUCGCGAAGACUCGACGUUUAGUUUCGACCCGACGAAGAUCAACAUCAAAACCCUAACGAAAGAGAAGCAGAAAAAAAUAGAUGCGCGCAAAGGCGUUCUGCUGAGCAGCUACACCAGGAAAAAAACUCGAAGAAGAAAACGGGGAAGAAGCUCUGCUGGCCAGGAAAAGAACGGGGGCGCGAGGAGCAGGUCAGCGACACCGAGCCCGAGUCCGAGUCCAAGGCACUCAAAUGUCCGGCCAUCAAAUCUACCUCUCCAGGUGGCGCCACCCCGGCCACCGGACCCAAUCCACCGGCUGGCCCCUCACCGAGGAAUGCUGCACUCGCGCCAAGCCAGCAACAACAGCAACCAGCAGUCCUCGCUGGAUGACUCGGGUGUCGUAGAUGAUCACGAUGGUGAUGACGUGACCUCGGCUGAAGAGCACGAACGGCGAGAGCAUCACCAUCGUGAGCACAAGCACCGCGAGCCCCGUCUUGAACGACAAGAAAGGAUGCAGAUGGUGACCACUACCACUGGCGAACGCACCCUUCUUCCCAUUGCUCCGGUCACUGUUUCCGUCAGGAGCAAAAGCCGGGAAAUUCGGGUCCUCAAAUGCAACGGGGUCAAAACUAAGAAACAAAUGUACACCCUGCCUCCUGAGUAUUUGUCCCAUAUUGUUGUCAUUGAUGAUCUUCCUGACAGAAAUUGCGACAAAUGUAUUCAAUGUUGUGUGGUCCGCGACCCAUUAUUCGAGCUAACGAUAACCCUGUGCAUAGUCCUAAACACGGGAUUUCUAGCAAUGGAGCACCACGGAAUGAGCGAGAACGUCCGCCAAGCUUUGAACAUCGGCAACAAAGUCUUCACAAGUAUCUUCACGUUCGAGUGCUUCCUAAAGUUGCUCGCACUGAGCAAAGACUUUUUCAACAACGGGUGGAACAACUUUGACCUGAUAAUCGUAUCGGCGUCCCUGAUCGAUCUGACAUUCGAAUUAGUGGACGGUCUAUCAGUAUUACGAGGCCUGCGACUUCUGCGAGUCCUCAAGCUCGCGCAGUCCUGGACCACAAUGAAGGUCCUGCUCAGCAUCAUAAUCUCCAGUAUCGAAGCUUUGGGUAACCUGACACUAGUAUUGGUGAUCGUGAUCUACAUAUUCGCCGUGAUAGGUAUGCAAUUGUUCAGCAAGGACUACACACCAGAUAAAUUCUACCCAGACCCAGUUCCACGGUGGAACUUCAACGACUUCUUCCACUCUUUUAUGAUGAUCUUCCGGAUCCUCUGCGGAGAGUGGAUCGAGCCCCUCUGGGACUGUAUGCGUGCGGAGAAAGAUGAGGGUCCGGAAACUUGUUUUGCGAUAUUUCUUCCAGCACUGGUGAUGGGCAAUUUCAUGGUUCUGAACCUCUUCUUGGCCUUGUUGCUCAACAGCUUCAACUCGGAGGAGUUGAAGCAAAAAAAACAGGAAGUUGGUGAGGAUUCUAAAUUAGCGCGGUCGUUUGACCGGAUCAGAUCUAUCGUCAGGAAAAAACGCUACAGAAAAGAACGGACCGAAAAUGAGAAGAACACCAGGUUGGAACAAAUUGUCCGCGAAGUUAUGGACAAGUCUGAUAAAGAAAAAUACGCGAUUCAAGAAACUGUUCUGAGCUUGCCAAAGGACAAUAUUUACAAUCGGUCUUAUCAAGAAAGCUUGAACCAGCCGGUGUUUACUUACGAGCCGAUCUAUCACCGUCAGGCCACUGUCACCACUUACAGCCACAGUAGCCAAGAAACUGUGAGGCCUGCGGGAAAGUUGGACGAGGGCAAGGGCGAUAGCAAUGAGACCAAUCCUGAGGAAAGUAUCGAAAUGGAGAUUCUCAAGGAAUCUGGCAGAACUCCCGAAGAUGAAGAAAGAUUAGCGAUGCUUCCACGUCCGCAAAAGGACAAAGAUAAGGAAAAGGAGAAGGAGAAAGAGAAGGAAAGGGAAAAAGCGGAGACCAAUGAGUCGAUGAUGAUGAUGUCCUCGGUUACAAUGAUGACGACAAUGAGGCAAGACGAACUGCAGCAGCAAGCCGCGGCCAAGCAGAAAAGACCUUGGCACGCGCUCGUUAGCUACGUCGACGAGCUCACUGUCGGUGGAAGGCGCGAUAGCAAAGGACGUUACGUCGACGGCAUGGGCUCCUUUCCAGGCUUUGGGAGAAAUAAGCAGAACAGGGUACCUCAGGAUUGCUUUCCUCAGCAUUGCUAUCAAAAAUGUAGUUGUAUUAAUCAAUGUAUCGCCACGGAUCUGGGGCACAAAUGGACAAACUUACGCAUAGUUGUAUUGUCGAUUGUCGACACCCCGGGCUUUGAAUGGAUGAUCCUGGCAUUUAUAUUUGCCUCGUCUGUCACCCUUUGUUUUGAGGACAUAUAUCUUGACGACAAUCCAUUCCUGAAGGGCAUUCUCUACUGGACAAACUUGGGAUUCUGCCUGCUAUUCACCGUCGAAAUGGUGCUUAAGUGGAUCGCGCUCGGAUUCUGUAAAUACUUUACAAGUUUCUGGACAAUCUUGGAUUUUAUCAUUGUUUUCGUUUCGAUGUUUAGUCUUUUGAUCGAAGAAAAUGAAAACCUCAAAGUACUGAGGUCGUUGAGAACUCUCAGGGCAUUGAGGCCACUCAGGGCAAUCUCAAGAUGGCAAGGCAUGAGGAUUGUAGUGAACGCGUUGAUGUACGCCAUACCUAGUAUUUUCAACGUGCUCCUCGUCUGUCUCGUGUUUUGGCUCAUUUUUUCUAUAAUGGGAGUUCAAUUUUUCGGAGGAAAGUUCUUCAAAUGUCUAGACGAGAGCGGCGAAUUGCUAGACAUUGCGAUAGUAAACACGAAGAACGAUUGCAUGAAUCUAAAUUACACUUGGGAGAACAGCAAGAUAACAUUCGAUCACGUUGGUGUUGCUUAUCUGGCGUUGUUCCAAGUCGCGACCUUCGAGGGCUGGAUGGAAGUAAUGGAAGACGCGGUUGAUGCAAGGGGCGUCGACCUUCAACCUCAAAGGGAAGCUAAUCUAUGGGCUUACGUAUACUUUGUUAUUUUCAUCGUAUGCGGCUCAUUCUUUACUCUUAAUCUAUUCAUCGGAGUUAUCAUUGAUAAUUUUAAUAUGCUUAAAAAAAAGUACGAAGGUGGCGUGCUAGAAAUGUUUCUGACCGAAAGUCAGAAGCACUACUACACAGCCAUGAAAAAACUAGGCCGUAAAAAGCCUCAAAAAGUAAUAAAACGUCCGAUGAAUCAAUUCCUCGCCAUGUUCUACGACUUGUCCAACUCCAGGAGGUUCGAAAUAGCAAUAUUCGUUCUGAUAUUUUUGAAUAUGCUGACGAUGGGUAUCGAACAUUACAACCAGCCGCACCCGGUGUUCUUUAUUUUGGAAGUGUCGAACGCAUUUUUUACGACAGUGUUUGGGCUUGAAGCUAUCGUUAAAAUAAUAGGUCUGCGGUACCACUACUUCACGGUGCCAUGGAACCUGUUCGACUUUAUACUGGUGCUGGCGUCGAUCCUCGGAAUCCUCAUGGAGGACAUAAUGAUAGACUUUCCCGUGUCACCGACGCUCCUGCGGGUCGUGAGGGUGUUCAGAAUCGGAAGGAUACUGCGGCUUAUCAAGGCUGCCAAGGGUAUUCGGAAACUACUGUUUGCGCUGGUCGUUAGUUUACCGGCGCUGUUUAACAUCGGUGCUUUGCUCGCACUUAUUACGUUUAUUUAUGCAAUUAUCGGCAUGUCGGUCUUUGGACACGUUCGCAAGCAGGGUGCUCUCGAUGACAUGGUGAACUUCGAGACCUUUGGUCGGAGCAUGCAGCUGUUGUUUCGCUUGAUGACGUCGGCAGGAUGGAACGACGUCCUGGAGUCUCUGAUGGUUCAACCGCCGUUGUGUGACCCUACCCCAACCGCCCGGCAGUUGAACGGAGACUGCGGGUUACCCCUCCUAGCCAUUACGUACUUCACGUCCUUCAUCAUCAUCAGCUACAUGAUAGUCAUCAACAUGUACAUCGCUAUUAUCCUGGAAAACUUUAACCAGGCGCACCAAGAAGAAGAGAUCGGCAUUGUCGAGGAUGAUCUUGAGAUGUUUUACAUCAGAUGGUCAAAAUACGACCCUCAUGCAACGCAAUUCAUCCGGUUUUCACAACUGAGCGACUUCAUAGCGAGCUUAGACCCUCCGUUAGGAAUUUCAAAGCCCAAUGUCGUAGCAUUGGUGAGCUUUAAUCUUCCUAUCGCCAAAGGAAACAAAAUACACUGUCUGGACAUCCUACACGCACUUGUCAAGCACGUCCUUGGACACGUCGAGGAGUCUGAAGACUUUAGAAAACUCCAGGAGCAAAUGGACGUUAAGUUCAAGAAACAGUUCCCUACGAGGAAGGAGUUGGAGAUCGUGUCAUCCACGAGGAUCUGGAAGAGGCAGGACAAAGCUGCCAGACUUAUUCAACGCACUUUCCGCGAUUAUAUCACAAUGAAAAAAGAACGUGAAAGAAUAGCACACGAGGUAGAUUCGCAAACCCAAACAUCGAGUCCGGGUGGCAUGGGCAGCGAAGGCAGAGGCGGUGGGUGGGGUGGUAAGUUAUCGGCCCUUCUCCACGUACACCGGGGAAGUAGGGCCAGUAGCCGCAAGUCCUCCAGGGCCAGCGACGCCAGCGAUCUUAGCGAGCUAGGGACAGCAUCGGCUUGGUUAUUCCCAAAUUUACCUUUGCUGCUUCUCUCCGGCGCCACCGGGACCCACGAGGACCUGCAGCCACCCUCCUUGACCGUGUCCCGUCCCUCGCCCACCAUGGAACAGCCCUCGGCUACCUCCAGCUCUGGCUCCGACUCUCACGUUACUGUCAGAUCCUCUGGAGCGACACUUGGGCGGCAGGACGCGGUGGAUCCGUACCCCGACGAGGACAUCCUGAGUCCACCGACCUCAAAACGGAGCUCAAUAAGGCCGAGUGGGACCGCAUUGUCGCUGAAUAUUCUUCAGCGGGACAUAAAAGAAGCAAUAACCCGUCGGUGUGGAAGCCUGAGGGGCAAAAGAAGUGUUCCUAUCGUGGAACCAGCGCCACUGCGCAUUCCCGACGCUAGCGACGUCAGUAUUUUGGUAACAGAACCAAGUCCCGAGACCACAAUACCGCCCGUAAGGCCGCCAUUGCUUCGCCAGCAGUCCGAAGCAACGGUCGUCCAUGUUCUUGUUCACCGCGAGAGUGAAGAGUAUCAGGACGGUCAUGACAACAGC